AUGAAUCCGACGACCCCUAUCACAUCCCCUGCUGUCACCCACACGACUACUCCUGACUGCGAACCCUCACAAUUCAUUUUGCCUGACCUGUUAAAUGAUUGCAAGUUUCCCUUGCGAAAGAACCCUCACCGUCAUGCGGCGUCCCGCGCAUCUGAAAAAUGGCUUACUGAAGUGGGGGAACUUGCAGAACCCGAGUUCAGGGGGUAUCGCGAUAUGGACGCAGCCGCAUUUGUUUCCCUGAUCUAUCCUGAUGCAGAUGCUUGCCGUCUCCAACUCUGUGUUGAAUCUGUUAACUUCGCAUUCAUUAUGGACGACUUGAUGGAGUCUGGUGGCGUCGAUGCACGGAAAGCGCAUGAAUGGUGUAUUCCUGUACUCCGCGAUCCCAUCAAUUUUGAGGCGGAACACCGUCCUGCAAGGAUGUGCAAAUCGUUUUCCAACCGCUUCAGGGAGACUGCUGGCCCCGGCUGCAGAGAGCGGUAUAUCCGCGGAAAGGAAUUGUACUUCGCUGCUGUGGCUAAGCAGUUGGAGGACCGUGCCAAAGGAAAUACGUAUGAUCUGGAAUCUUACAUUAUUCAGAGGCGAGGUAUAGUCGGGAUGCAGCCCUACUUUGCCCUCAUCGAAUUCGCAACUGGAAUUGAUCUUCCCGACGAGGUUGUGUCGCAUCCAGCUUACGAGGGAUUGGAUUGCGCGGCUACCGAUCAUGUUGCUUGGGUCAACGAUAUUUUGUCAUACAACAAGGAACAAGCUAGCGGUGGCGCACCAUGGGAAAACCUAGUUGCCGUGCUCAUGCAUGUUCAAGGACUAGACCUGCAAAGCGCCAUGGACUACGCUGGCCAGAUGUGCAAAGAUGCCCUCCAGCGCUUUGAAUCCAACUGUGCCAUUCUCCCCUCAUGGGGAGAAGAGGUUGACAGGCAGGUGGCUAUCUACAUCGAAGGGCUGCAGCAGUGGAUGAUUGGCUCACUUCACUGGCACUUUGAUUCCGUCCGCUAUGUUGGCAAUGAUGGAGGUGCUGUUAAGCGGGACCGAAUCGUCAAGCUGCUUCCCAAAAUGCCCUUGUAGAACCUAAUACGUAGUGCAUGACUUCUGGAGUAGAACAUUAGUAUGAUUCAUGUGUCACACAAACCUGAACGUUAUGCUUCGAUUGCAUAAUGUGAUAUCCCGCCUUCCUUGCUUUUUCCUUCGUGGUUUCAACUUCUUGUUCAACUCCUUGCGUGUAACACUUCCUGUCCGUCUUUUGUAUCACCGCUGUAUGUAGAAGAGUCCCAUAUCCUUGUACGAAUCAAAGACAGGACCGAUUUGCGUG